UCAGUUCAAGUGAAAGCCCAUGUAGGUUCUUGUGAUUCUGACAACGUAUUUCUUCAUCAAUCCUAUGUGUAAAGAGAUGCUGGGGGGACCCACGAAGUCUCGAGUACAUGGUUUGUCGUAAUUCGUCAGCAUUUAAAGAUAGGUUUACCAUCUGUAUGAGAGAGGUUUCUCAGUUGAAUGUAGACUGGCCCUGAAUUCCUAGACGGGUGAAAAGAGGCAGCAAACCGGCGGGAGCAAAGCCGCGUUUGACAGGUGCCAUCGCUCGAACUCUGUGGAGAGAUGCCGCCCAUGCAGAAAACGAUGUCUGAUCUUCGCUCCCGAGUAGAGGGGUACGAAAAGACAGAGGACACGGCAACCUCCGCAAAGACCGCCUUAGCUGACCAAGAAGACGCACGACUGAUAUUCCUCAAUCAGCCACAGUUUACCAAGUUCUGCAGCAAUCACGUCAGCACUGCAAAGUAUAAUGUCCUCACCUUCCUGCCUCGGUUCCUCUACUCUCAGUUCAGAAGGGCUGCCAACUCCUUCUUCCUCUUCAUCGCUCUCCUGCAGCAAAUUCCGGAUGUGUCGCCCACGGGUCGCUGGACAACUCUAGUGCCACUCCUCUUCAUCCUGGUGGUGGCUGCAGUCAAGGAGUUCAUUGAGGAUCUGAAACGUCACAACGCUGACAGUGUCGUCAACAAGAAGGAAUGUCAAGUGCUGAGGAACGGUGCCUGGGAGAUCGUGCACUGGGCCAAGGUGGGCGUUGGGGAGGUAGUGAAAGCGGCCAACGGGGAUCACCUCCCGGCCGACCUCGUCAUUCUGUCUUCCAGUGAGCCCCAAGGCAUGUGCUACAUUGAGACAUCAAACUUGGAUGGAGAAACAAACCUCAAAAUCCGACAGGGACUGCAAAUCACCUCGGAGAUCAAGGACAUCGACAGCCUGAUGCGUCUCUCCGGGCGCAUGGAGUGCGAGAGCCCCAAUCGCCAUCUCUAUGAGUUUGUGGGGAACAUCCGUCUUGACGGACACAGCACCGUGCCUCUGGGUCCGGACCAGAUUCUGCUGCGAGGUGCCCAGCUGAGGAACACCCAGUGGGUCCAUGGCGUCGUGGUCUACACUGGACACGACACAAAGCUCAUGCAGAAUUCCACACAGCCGCCUCUGAAGCUGUCCAACGUGGAGCGCAUCACAAACUUCCAAAUUCUACUGCUGUUCGGCUGUCUACUGGCCAUCUCUCUGGUGUGCUCCAUCGGACAAACCAUCUGGAAGUAUCAGUACGGCAAUGCAGCCUGGUACAUGGACUUGAACUCUCCAGAUGGGGGCGCCGCAAACUUUGGACUCAACUUCCUCACCUUCAUCAUCCUCUUCAACAACCUGAUCCCCAUCAGUCUGCUGGUGACUCUGGAGGUCAUCAAGUUCACCCAGGCCUUCUUCAUCAACUGGGAUACAGACAUGCUCUAUGAGCCCACUAACACCCCAGCCGUGGCUCGCACUUCCAACCUGAAUGAAGAACUAGGACAGGUGAAAUACAUCUUCUCCGACAAGACGGGGACUCUGACCUGCAACGUGAUGCAGUUUAAGAAGUGCACCGUCGCCGGCGUGGCCUAUGGUCACAUACCCGAGGCUGAGGAUGGUAGUUUUGCUGAGGAUGACUGCCACAGCACACAGUCGUCUGAGGAGGAAGGAUUUAAUGACCCCAGCUUGCUGGAAAACCUCCAAAGUAAUCACCCCACAGCUCCUGUCAUCCUGGACUUCAUGACCAUGUUGGCCAUCUGUCACACGGCCGUCCCCGAGCACACCGACGAUAAGAUCGUCUACCAGGCUGCCUCGCCAGACGAAGGGGCUCUGGUGAGAGCAGCGGCAAACCUGGGCUUUGUGUUCUCCGGUAGAACCCCAGACAGUGUCAUCAUACAAGCGCUGGGAGCCGAGGAGAAGUAUGAACUGCUCCAUGUUCUAGAGUUCACCAGCACUAGGAAGAGGAUGUCAGUCAUCAUACGUACUCCAUCUGGCAAGAUCCGCCUCUACUGCAAAGGAGCUGACACGGUGGUCUACGACCGUCUGGCCGACAGCUCCAGGUAUAAAGAAAUCACUCUGAAACACCUGGAGCAGUUUGCCACAGAGGGGCUGCGCACUCUGUGCUUUGCUGUGGCUGAGAUCAGCGAGUCAUCCUAUCAGCAGUGGUUGGAGGUGUUCCACCGUGCCGCCACCGCCCUGCAGAACCGAGCCCUCAAACUGGAGGAGAGCUAUGAGCUCAUCGAGAUGAACCUGCAGCUCUUAGGGGCCACAGCCAUCGAGGACAAGCUCCAGGACAAGGUGCCUGAGACCAUUGAGACACUGAUGAAGGCCGACAUCAAGAUCUGGAUCCUGACCGGGGACAAGCAGGAGACGGCCAUCAACAUUGGACACUCCUGCAAACUUCUGACCAAGAACAUGGGCAUGCUGGUGAUCAACGAAGACACACUUGACGCAACCAGGGAGACCCUCAGCCACCACUGUGGAAUGCUGGGAGACGCCCUUUACAAGGAGAAUGAUUUCGCUCUCAUCAUCGACGGAAAGACGCUAAAAUACGCCCUCACGUUUGGAGCACGGCAGUACUUCCUAGACCUCGCCUUGUCCUGUAAAGCCGUGAUAUGCUGCAGGGUGUCCCCGCUGCAGAAGUCUGAGGUGGUGGAGAUGGUGAAGAAGCAGGUGAAGGUGAUCACGCUCGCCAUCGGCGACGGCGCCAACGACGUGGGAAUGAUCCAGACAGCACACGUGGGUGUGGGCAUCUCUGGCAACGAGGGCCUGCAGGCCGCCAACUCCUCCGACUACUCUAUCGCACAGUUCAAAUACUUGAAGAAUCUUUUGCUGGUCCACGGCGCCUGGAAUUACAACCGCGUAUCCAAGUGUAUCCUGUACUGCUUCUACAAGAACAUUGUCCUGUACAUCAUCGAGAUCUGGUUUGCCUUCGUCAAUGGAUUCUCUGGUCAGAUUCUGUUUGAGCGCUGGUGCAUCGGCCUGUACAAUGUGAUUUUCACCGCUCUGCCUCCUCUCACUCUGGGAAUAUUUGAGCGCUCAUGCAGGAAAGAGAACAUGCUGAAGUACCCGGAACUCUACAAAACCUCCCAGAAUGCCAUGGGCUUCAACACAAAGGUCUUCUGGGCUCAUUGUCUGAAUGGCCUCUUCCACUCGGUCAUCCUGUUCUGGGUCCCCCUCACAGCCUUCAAGCACGAUACGGUCUUCGGCAACGGAAAGACCCCAGACUAUCUCCUCUUAGGCAACAUGGUUUAUACAUUUGUGGUCAUCACCGUGUGCCUCAAAGCUGGCCUGGAGACCUCGUCAUGGACUAUGUUCAGUCACAUUGCCAUCUGGGGCAGCAUCAGCCUGUGGGUGGUGUUCUUCGGUAUCUACUCCUCUCUGUGGCCACUCAUCUCUCUGGCUCCGGACAUGUCUGGCGAGGCGGACAUGAUGUUCAGUUCGGGAGUCUUCUGGAUGGGCCUGAUAUUCAUCCCUAUCACCUCCCUGGUCUUUGACGUGGCCUACAAAGUUGUGAAGAAGGUGUGCUUUAAGACCCUGGUGGAUGAGGUGCAGGAACUGGAAGCCUUGUCCAAGGACCCCGGAGCCCUGGUGCAUGGGAAGAGUCUGACGGAGAGGGCACAGCUCCUGAAGAACGUCUUCAAGAAGAGCACAGUCAGUCUGUACCGAUCGGACUCCAUGCAGCAGAACCUGCUACACGGCUACGCCUUCUCUCAAGACGAGAACGGAGUGGUCUCCCAGUCGGAGGUCAUCCGGGCGUACGACACCACCAAACAGCGGACCAACGAGUGGUGAAACCACGCCCCUCUCCGCCCGGCCGGCCUAUUAAGAGCCACAGCCGUUUCCAACGGUGAUUUGAACCUGACGGGGAAGUCUCCGGAUGACCCCAGCCCGAGCAUCGCAGGAUAUUGGACAUGAUAAAGGAAAAGACAGAGGGAUGUAUUGUACUUCAAAAAGGGAAAAAAAAAUAGGAACAAAAAAGUGUUCAAAAAGUAUUCACUGCAGUGAUUGUGUGUCCAGCAGACAUGAGCACUGUGCUUGCAUUUUUAGCAGUCUGGUCUGAAGUUUCUCUGUUCUUGCUCUAUCUAAUGAAGUGGUUUCACUUCUUAAUGUCUCCUCCAUUCCUAUUGAUAGAAAAAAAUAUGUGGAGCAAAAAAUAUAUAUAGUUUGCUCCAGAAUCGUUACAAAUGUUGUAUGUGUAUUCCGAUUGGUGACAGAAUAAUCCAGAUUUGUUUUUGCGAAAUAGCAGUUGUAAAUGCAAUCUCUUUCAAGUCGGCUAUAGCUUCGAUAAAAAAAAAAAUCUCAACCAAGAAUAUUGACACUCCUGAGUCUAUUCCAGCUCUGAACGGACCACUUCAGAACAGACAUUUUGUUGUUUUGUUGUUAUUUUGUGCACUUCUACUGUAUAAAAAGGCCUUACAUUUGUUCAUGCCUUCAGCCAUACUUGUUUGUUUUUCCUCUAAAUGUUUUUAUUUUAGAAUUAUGUAGUUAUCGUGCCCAAAUUUAGUUGUCUUUUUAAUGAUAGCGUCCUUCAACUCAUCCAAUUUCCACCAUUUUAAUACAGCACUUCGAUUGCUCUAUACAAGAAAUUGCAUUCCACACAUUACUCGGCUGCAACAAUCACAAUGGUGCCUAACUCAACUUUUUCCCUGAUAGAAUACAUAAGAUAUCCUAGCUAGCUAGUUUAGAACAGUGCUCUACCCACUAAUUGGCAAGAUGAGCUCAUUGUCCCCCAUGUAUUGCUCUCCAGUUCACAAUGUGGUAAAAAGUAAAGUGGCACAUAUAAAAUCACGGCUCCAUUGUUACUUUCUUUCUACCCAGUAUUUUGGGGGUGGCUGGAUGACGAUCUUGUUGAAUUUCCGUAUGCUUACAGUGGCGGCUCUUCUUUCACAAACGUAUUUUCCCUUAGAAUGGAGAGUUUAUCCUUCUAACAUAAGUGCCAUUAGCUUAAGGGAGAGAGGAAAUUUGCCAGGAAACUCCACACAGUAUCAAAACUUCUUUCUCUAUAGUUAUUUUGAGAAUUUGUAUUUUUAUAUUGGAGAAGUACGAAUUUUGCAUUGACCGGCUUUGUAAUGAAUAAUUGUCCAUAUGUUUUUCAUUUUUUUCUCUCAGACAAACAAAAGAAUGCCCAAAUGAAUGAAGAAAAAUAUAUUUCUUAAAUGUCUCGUUGUUAUUAUUGUCAUUAUAAUACCUGCUUUGUUUAUUUCUUAAUUAACUGUGUUUGUUCUCUUCUCCCUAUGGGAGAUCGGUUUCCAGACUGGCUGUGUGUGUGUGUGUUAAUCUGCCGUCUGCAUGUGCAUGUGUGUGUGUGUGUGUGUGUGUGUGUGUGUGUGUAACCUCUUCUACUGUGGGUAACUUCUACAUACGCAUGUCUGUGUCAUUUGUGUGAGACUGGGAGCCCUUGGAACCUCCAGUCUCCUUUUGCAUUCUUUGACUGUGUUUUUGUAUAUGUUUGAGGAUCUGUGUGUGGGUGACUGACUGACUGACUGUGUGUGUGGUGCCGCUUGCUCCUCUGGUCUGUCUGCAUGACUCCAGGUAUAAUGAUGGUGUACUGUCUGCUGCUGUAUGACCCUCUGUGUAUGGCCAGACCUCAGCCCUGGGGUCCUGGGUUCUGACGCGAAGGCUCUCGCUUGACAGGAGAUGUUGCACAAUGCACUCUGUUACCUUUCCAAUAGUGGAUAUUUUGGUAUUAUCUGGUUAUUGGUUUCAGUGUAUUUUCUCUGGGUGUACAAGUUUGUAACUUGUUUAGUUUUUUCUCUCUCAUGCAGUGUACCUCUACUUUACAAUAAACCUUUUUGUGUUUCUUCCUGGAUUUAAGUGAGGGUAUCAGUAAAAAUGUAUUUGUUACGCUAUACUGUUUCGAUUGAUUAGAUGUCAACUGCUGUCACAAUUCCAAAAUGCUGAAUGUGAGUCUUCUGAUGUGAAAGUGGUCGUGGAAGGCUUGGAUUGUUGCUUUUUGUCUGUGAAAGUUGUGGGCUGCAUGAGUGGACUAAAAACCUUCUCCGGUUACGUGUUUAUUGUACUACUUUGAUUCUCCCUCAAGUGUUGGUCACUUUACAGAAAAAAAUGCACUUUUCAAUUUGUUUGAAUAUCGUUUAUUUUUAAGUCUUUCAUUUAAUGAUUGUUCUGCAUGUUGGGACUGCAAACUUUUAAGUGUUCUGUCUUUUACUGCCAUAAAGGACUACUAUUAAAAUCAACUUCACAAACAUGGAAA